AUGCCAAAUGCUACAAAUAAUUUUUAUUUAUCUCAAAAAAUCACUACAAUUUUGUUAAAUAAUAACUUUUGGGAGCAUGUUACAAAAAUUCAAGAAAUUCUUCUUCCAUAUUGUGAUGCUCUUAAUAAACUCCAAAGUAAUACUACUUGUCUUUAUAAUGUACUACAACCUAUAUAUAUUCUUCUUGAAUUAGAAGCUUAUCGCAAAAGGUUAUAUCCCUUUAAUUUUUUAACUUGCGACCAAUUUGGUGAUAAUGUUUUAGGAUUUUGGGAGUUUGUUAAUUCUGCAACAAAAGAAUUAGGACCAUUAGCAUUAUGCUUAUUUGGAAUUUGUGUAAAUGCUGC